GGUUCAGGCCAUAUAUGGCGGAUACCAUGUCGUCACCAAGGCGGCCCUUAACGUUGGGAUGAACCAGAUCGUUUUCUGCGUCUUCCGAGAUCUACUCGGUCUCAGCAUCCUCGCUCCCAUCGCCUAUGUCCGCGAUAGGGUUUGAAAGUGGUGGGCCUAUGUUUCAGAGGAGAUUGAAGAGGUCUGAAGGAGUUUUUAUAUGCAUUAUCAAUCAACUGCUGUGAAACAAUAGUGUGUUGGGAGGUGAAGCAAAAAAAGGAUUGGAAAUUUGGAAGAGUAGACAAUACCCUGAGAUCACCGCCGGCGAACACCGGAGAUGGUUUUGGUCAAGCCGGCGUCUGGUGGCCGAGGUGUUGCAUGGAAGGCGCAUUUGGCUAUGGUGCUAGUUCAGGUCAUAAAUGGCGGGUAUCUCGUCAUCACCAAGGUGGCCCUUAACGCUGGGAUGAAUCAGAUCGUUUUCUGCGCCUACCGGAAUCUUCUUGGUCUCUUCAUCGUCGCUCCCCUCGCUUAUGUUGGCGAUAGAGGGGCCCGACCUCCACUGACAGGCCGACUUCUCCUGUCAUUUUUAUUACUUGGAUUGACUGGGAUUUUGGGCAAUCAGCUUUUCUUUAUUCUUGGUCUUGGAUACACAAAUCCUACUUAUGCUGCAGCUAUGCAGCCAUCAAUUCCUGCUUUUACAUUUAUCUUGGCUUCAAUUAUGGGUGUGGAAAAAGUCAACUUUCGUAGAAAGGAAUGUUGGAUUAAGGUUAUAGGUACUUCUGUUUGCAUUUCUGGUGCUGCGGUGAUGCUCACUUAUAGAGGUCCAGCUUUAUUUGGCAAUGGCGUAGACCAUGCAAUGCUUAAUGAAAUGAUCAUGGGGUCUCAAUUGGAGCAUGCAAAACAGUUGGGAUCUAAUUUGCUAAACUAUCAGCUUGGUACGUUGUGCCUGAUUGCGAACUGCAUAAGUAUGGCUGCUUUUCUAGUUCUGCAGGCUCCAGUUCUGGUUCAGUAUCCUGCGACAUUAUCAUUAACAGCAUACACAUACCUUUUUGGGACGCUUUUGAUAGUCCUUACAGGAUUAUGCACUUAUCGAGAUUAUGCAGACUGGAUGUUGACAAAAUCAGAGAUAGUUGCAAUUAUAUAUUCUGGAUUUCUUUCAUCAGCUGUCAACUACGGGCUCAUAACUUGGUCCAAUAAAAUGAUUGGACCAGCAUUGGUUGCACUAUACAAUCCUCUACAAACAUUCAUGUCUGCUUUCUUGUCAGCAAUUUUCAUUGGGAAUCCCAUCUUCCUCGGAAACAUUUUUGGGGGACUUCUCAUCAUCUGUGGCUUAUAUCUGGUCACCUGGGCUCGUUACACAGAGAGUAAGGACACCACCAGGGCAAAGUCUUCUCAAGACCUGUUGUCAGAUCCUCUUCUUCAAGAGGAUGAUCCAUCAUCCCUACCAAUACAGAUUACAGGCGGCAGUUUGAAGGAAAAUGAAGAGGGCAUUUCAUAGUUCUUCAUGUUAAGCUUCAUCUAUCUGUCCAAAUCUGUUUGUUCUGCUUGCUUUUGCAGCUGUGUAAAUUGGAAAACAGGUACAGUUCUAAUAUUGCCUCUGUAUUAUUUUAUUGUGCGCAUCGUUUGUGUACUAUGUAGAAAAAUAUUUGUUUUAUAUUCCAAUGUUGAUCAUGCUUUAUUUCGCGUUCA